AGACUAGAAACUCAUACAUUUUGAUGUAUAAAAUCAUUGCUAAAUUAUUAUUUAGCUUUUAUAACUGUUUUAACAUUCUUUUUAUCAGACUAUUAUAAUAUAUAUUUAUGUAAAAUAAUCAUCUGCAAGAUAAAAAAAAUCUAAAUAAUUUGUUCCUAUAAACAAUUGUCUAAUAUUCUGAAAGAAAUUAUACUCUACUAUAUCUGUUUUUGUAAAAGGUGUAGAAAAAACAUAUCACACCUUGACCAGAAAAAGAGAGGAAAAAAGAAGUUAAAAAAGAAAAGGAGUGUGGGAGGUGAUGGCUUCCUCUUCCUAACAUUGACCAACCUCUCUUUUGUCUCUUCCUUCCUUCACUUGAGAGAAUACGUUAAAGCGUUACUCUCUACACAAUUCUCUUUCUACCUUUCCUCCUUCCCUCACGUUGUUAGCGUUUCUAGAAAAAAAAAAGAAAAAAAUCUCAGCGCUUACUUUUGACGGCCCAAUGAGCUUCCUUCGCUUCGUUUGUUAACAGAUUCGAAGCUCACAUCAAAUGGAGUGGGUGGGGAAAGCCGUUAGGAAGGAGAUCGAAGGGGUCGGGCUCUGCUCCGGGACCGUCCGAUCUCACGAUUCGUCUCGAAAUUUCGAGAACGGAGUUACGGAGGUUUCGGAAUCGGCUGAUCUCGCGAUGGGAGAAGGGGGAUCUCAAGCGGAGCAGCCUCGAGCUGGUAGGAGGAGGACGAGGACGCGAUCUCGAGGGGAGAGGGACGGUGAGAUCAUCAGCUCUGAGGUAAAUGUGAUGAGAAACGUUGAUUUGAAUGAUGAUGGAGUUGCGGAGGAUGAUUCUAGGGUUAGUGAUGAUUGCUUUGGAGGGAAUGUUGAUUUGAAUUGUGGUCCUGUGGAAAAAACCACCCUAGGUUUGGAUUUGAAUAGGGCGUUUGAUUUGAGUACUGGUUUGGAUUUGAAUUUGAAUGAAGGUUUAGGGUUGGUUAAUGUGAGCAUCGAUUACUUGGAGGGUUCUAGUGUCAAGAGGAGAGGGUUUAUUGACCUGAACAUGGAUGCGAGGUGUGAUUUGAGUCCACACAAGGAGGUGGGAGGAUUUGAUUUGAACUUGGAGGUUAACAUGCAGGACGAUGAACAAGGUAUCCAGAAUAGUCUCGAGGGUGGAGAGUGUAAAGAAGUCCAUGUUGCUGAAGUAUCCAGCGUUCAGCUUUUUGAGGAGAUAGGGAAGCAGGACGUUGUUUCACUUCAGGAUCUGAAUACUCCUGAGCGGGAUCUUGAGCAUGAGGCUAAGACUGUUGUUGAGUCUCUCUCUGAUAGGGAAGAAUAUACAAGUGGCAGGAGGAAGAGAAGAAAAGCCUCGGUGAAUCCAAAAUUCACGAGCCAGCCUCGGUUGAGAAGAAGCGCUCGUAGGCCGUUAGCUCGGUUUUCUAAUACAGCUUGCUUAGCUGAUGAAGUAUCUCCUUCUCCGUCAGUUAGUAGUCUGACAGAGGAGAAAACUUGGGUCGUUGAAGGAAAAGCAGCUGAGGAUCUUUCUGUGCCUCCGCCAAAGGCUGAGUUACCUCCAUCCUCGCGUGUUUUGAAUUUAGAUGGUCUUCCCAUUCUCAAUGUCUUUUCUGUUUAUUCUUGCCUGCGGUCCUUCAGUACUUUGCUGUUUUUGAGUCCCUUUGAGCUGGAGGAUUUUGUGGAAGCGCUGAGGUGCAUGUCUCCUAGUCUGUUAUUUGAUAGCAUCCAUGUUUCUGUUUUGCAAAUAUUGAGAAAACAUUUGGAGAACCUCGUUGCUGAAGGUGACUGGGCUGCAAUUGCUUGCCUGAGGAGUCUUGACUGGGAUAUGCUGGAUGUGGUUAAUUAUCCCCUUUUUGUGGUCGAAUACCUACUGUUUUCUGGUUCUAAGGACAAUCCUGGAGUGGAUCUAACUCGGUUUAACUUUUUCAGAAAUGAGUAUUUCAGACAGCCAAUGAAUCUGAAAAUUGAGAUACUUGCCCGUUUGUGUGAUGAUAUGGCAGAUACUGAAGCCGUGAGAUCAGAGCUUAAUAAAAGAUCUGUUGCAGCUGAGUCUGAAAUGGAAAUUGAUAGGAAGAGAAACACAAAAGUGCGACGCAGAAAGCGAGCUAUGAUGGAUCUGGCAGAUGAUUCUUCUUUGCAUGAUGAGGCCGUUGAUGGCUCGUUUGACCCGAACAGUGACGACUGUUGUUUUUGCAAAAUGGAUGGGAACUUACUGUGCUGCGAUGGUUGUCCAGCUGCCUAUCAUUCUAAGUGUAUCGGUGUUGCCAGUCACCUUUUGCUUGAGGAUGACUGGUACUGCCCUGAAUGUUCAUUUGACCAGCGUGUACCAGGAUGGAAGCCUGAAAAGCAAAUUCGAGGAGCAGAGUUUCUAGAGAUUGAUCCCCAUGGCCGAAAGUACUACAGCAGUUGUGGCUACUUGUUGGUGAUAGAUACCGACGGCACAGGCUUAGUGAACUACUACCAUGUAAAUGAUGUGAUCCAUGUAUUGGAGCAACUCAAGUCAUGCGGUAGUUUCUAUAAUGGAGUAAUAGGUGCAAUUAAAAAGCAUUGGGAUAUCCCUGUUGGGCUGAAAAGGACAAUCAGCGGUGUGAAUUCACAAAUAUUCGUAUGUUUGGAUACGCCAGCCAAAGGGAUGAUUUCUUUUAUUGAUGGGUUUAAGGCUCCUCUGCCAGCUACAGAAAAACAGCCAACGUCUGGCGUUAAGAAAAAGCUUGAAGAAGGAUCCAGUGAUGGAGGUUCACGUAAUCAUUGUCAUAGGGCUCGUCGGAAGAUAUCAGAUUCAGCGACUGGACUAGAUACUCUUAAUAUGAGUUCUGAAGGAUCUGCUGAAACUAUACAAAAUGGUUCUGAUGUCCAGAGUCUUCAUGAGCCAGGACCAUCGAGCAUUUUGGAUGUCACGAAAGAGCCAAAUUCGAAUAUCCACUCGUCUUCCCAUUAUUUGGAUAGAAUAAACAAAAGGAAACGAAUUAGACUGCAGAGUGAGUCAGGCUACAGAAACCAGUACAUAUUUGCUGAGAUGACUACAGCAAUUUCUAAAGAGAUGACACGGAAGUCACCUAUCCGUACCAUUGAUAUGAGAACUGAUGAAGAGAUAGCUUCUACCCAGGUGAAGACUAUAUUGAUGAAAACCACCAAAUUUCAGUGGCGAAACAUCCAAGGCCUCUACCUUGAUGCGUGGAAAGAAAAAUGUGGAUGGUGUCUUUCUUGCAAAUCUGAGGAUGCCGGGAGCAAGACAAAUUGUUUGUUUAACAUGAGUCUAGGGGCUUUACGAGGUCCUUCGGAAAGUGAGAUUGCUAACAGUCAAUCCAUCGAUAAGAAAAGCCAUCUUAUGACUAUCAUAUGCCAGAUAUUAUCCAUGGAAAGUCGAUUGCAAGGUCUUUUGGUUGGUCCAUGGUUGAAUCCACAGCAUUCCAGGAUUUGGCGUGAACACAUUCUGAACGCAUCAAAUAUAUCAAGCUUGAGACAUUUAUUUGUUGAAUUAGAGGCGAAUUUGCAUCAUCGUGUUCUUUCACUCGAGUGGCUAAACCAUGUCGAUUCUGCCAUAGAAAUGGGGUCAUCUAGGCAUAUUCUCACGUCAACACGAUCAUCGUCAAAGACUGCUAUUGGUAAAAGACGGGGGACAUUGUUGGAGUCUGGGGUUAACCCAACUGCAAAGAAAAAAGGUGGAUUGACCAUGUGUUGGUGGAGAGGCGGCCAACUUUCACGGCCAUUGUUCAACUGGAAGGUUUUACCUCGCUCAUUGGUCUCUAAGGCUGCUAGAAAAGGUGGAAGUGGAAAAAUUCAAGGUAUACUGUAUCCUGAGAAUUCAGAGCCUGCUAAGAGAAGCCGACGUGUUGCCUGGGAAGCAGCUGUUGAGUCAUCUACGACUUCAGAGCAGCUUGGUUUUCAGGUGAGGACAUUCCACUCUUACAUAAAAUGGGAUGAUAUUGAAAACAGCCAUCUUCUUCCUGCAUCGGACAAAGAAUCUAAAAAAUCUGCCAGGCUGUUCAAAAAAGUGAUUGUCCGUAGGAAGUGCAUAGAGGAAGAUACUGUGAAAUAUCUCCUUGACUUUGGUAAAAGGAGAAAUGUUCCGGAUGUUGUGUUGAAGAAUGGUCGCAUGAUUGAAGAAUCCUCGAGUGAAAGAAAAAAGUUCUGGGUGAAUGAAUCAUAUGUGCCUUUACAUCUUCUGAAAGGAUUUGAAGAGAAAAAAGCUGUUCGAAAAACAAUGAAGUCAGGAAGCUCUUCAAGACACUCUGAGAUAGAAAAAGUACGGAAAAAGUCCUCAGAGAGAAAAGGAUUCUCAUACCUAUUUGAAAGGGCAGAAAGAUCGGAGUCUUCUUUGUGUGAACAAUGCAAGAAAGAUGUGCCUCCGAGUGAUGCUGCGUGCUGCCACAUCUGCAAACGAUUAUUUCACAAAAAGCAUACCAGAAGAGCGGACAAGGAAGGAAUGUACAUUUGUCUUCCAUGCAGGAGUGAAGUGCAAGCAAAAGAACAACCCAGCGGACGGAGAAGAGGGCGUCCCCCAGGCAGUUUCCGUAAAAAAGUUCGAGUUCAGAAGAAACAAACGCAUAAAAAGGUCAUUCCCGCUCGCAAAUCAACUCGGCUAAAGAAGACCAAAACGUCUCUGGGAGAGAGAAUAUCCGUUAGGUUAAAGAAUCAUAAAAAGGUUGUUGCAAGCAAACCAUUGCGACGUUCAGGCAGGAGACCGAAGCAUGUUACUCGGCUGCAGGAUGAAAGUAAAGUUCCUGGAGGGAGUAAGAAACGGAAACUGGAGACCAAAAGAGGCAGAGGCAGGCCUAAGAAAGUAAAACAAGAGAUUUCCAUAAGAAAGAAGAGAACGAAAAGAGCCUUAAGCUAUUGGUUGAAUGGACUCUUCUUAUCCAGAAAACCUGGUGAUGAACGGGUAGAUAAGUUCCGGGAAGAGAGAUAUUUUAAACCUGUGGAGAACUCGGAUCCUGAUCAUGAUCAACCUAAGUGUCGUUUAUGCGGCUUGUCUGACUCUGACUCUGGAUCAACCUUCAUCUCUUGCGAAAUGUGUAAAGAAUGGUACCAUGGAGAUGCAUGCGGGAUUAACGAGAAGAAUUCAAUUAUGGUGAUUGGGUUCCGGUGUAAUCUCUGUAGAGAACAGUUACCUCCCACCUGUCCACAUGAGAUCUCUACUACAUCCGAUGUCCCAUCCUAAGCUGUGAAUUUGUGAAUGGCUGAUAGAAUAUUCUUAGGCUAGGGAUUAGAUGUAUCUUGGAGAUGUCUAUACAAUUAUGGGAGAAGAGUAUUGAGUAGAGAAUCAAGGAAAUGCAGAGACAGAGGAGGAAACUGUUUGGUGGGUUGUAUGAAGUUAGUUUGGCUUGUAACUUGGAUGAGUAGGUUCUUAAGUGAAGUGGUUGACUUAGAAUUAGAAUGAACAAAGAAGGGGAUUCUAGAGUUGAUUUAUUAUUACAUGAUUUUUAAUUUACUUUUCAGAUUGGAGGGGGAGUCAGUAAACAAAGUUAAUGUAUUUAAAAGAAUAUGUUGAAUCCAUUUUCUAUCUAAAUCCAUCAACAGUGAUGUGUUAGCUUCCUAA